AUGACUGAGAUCCGAAACCAGGACGAUAUUAAUACCAUACUGAACAUUGCGGCCCGAUCACACAUUACGCCGACUCAUAUCGAGACGCAGACUCCGUCAGUGGAUCACUCGCGAUGGCAAGAACUCACAUACAAUCUGAGUGUGAUACAACAACCAGAGCGCACCAGAGCCUGUGGUGCUAGCGCCAACUCAGCCGCCGACCGCCGCCCUGUUGACCCUCCGCCUGUGGUCGAAUUGCGUAUUUCAGAGUCUGAUCCUGCAUACGAAGCGCAGAAGACCGAUGUCACCACGCCCCAUCUCCCGUGGGCGGGUAGCGGGACUACGGUCGUGUCCCGUCUCAAAGGUGUGCCAGUCGCCAGGGUGGCAUAUCUCGAUCGUCCUUCCCAAGCCGGCUACUUCAUCUUCCCUGAUUUAUCGGUGCAUCAUGAAAGCCGAUAUCGUUUGAGUUUCUAUAUUUAUGAACUGAUUAAGAAUGUAAUGGACGCUGAUCAAGAUUCGAACCCGGCACUACCAAACCAGGUAUCCGGCUCCAAUGCAGCAAAGCCAUCAUCACCGCUAACAUAUCUGUAUUUCCGUCUAGAGGUGAAGUCGAUUCCAUUCAUUGUUUACGGCACGCACAAUUUCCUUCGUCUGGCGACCGGCACUUCCCUCCGCUGCAUUAUUGCGGAGCGUGGAUAUCGCGUUCGCAUCCGUCGUAAUGUUCGUAUGAGCGGCGGGGUGACAAUGGCGAAGAAGAAUAUGAAUAUUAUGAAGGGAGUGCGGCGGUAUACGCACCGUCUGAUCGGCAUUCAGUACCAGAUCGUUACGUUCAGACAGUUGAACUUCCUGGAUCGAACAACAACGGGUAGUGCCAUGGACUUUGCUUCGCGGCUCCCACGAAGCAUUGCUUCGGUUUUUGAAAGUUUACCCGACAAGUGA